UUGACUUAACGUCUGUGUCCAUAUGAUUAAGUGGCCUUCUGGCUUUGAUCCAAUGCACAUUGUACCUUUCUGUAAGGACUUUGUCAAACAGCCAUACGUUUUAUAUAUACUUCCUUCAAACAUAUGAAAUUGUGUUUACUCAGUCACAAUCGUUAUCGAUCGUUUAGUGCAGCAGUUUAUUACAUCUACUUAAUACACUACUGCAUAUAAAUUAUGAUCAUUUAAACGAACGUUGAUUCGUCUAGUCUUUUUUUUAUCAACUUAACUUAGGCGUUCAAGUGGUGUAGACAACUUGAGUGUGGGUCGGCAUGGUCUUGCCAAAAUUGCUAGAAGGUGCAAGCAGCUUCAACGUGCAGACUGUGGUUCUGUUUGUCGUUGUUCUCUUGCUCACCAUCGCCUGGAUCCGUCGUCCGAGGAACCUGCCGCCCGGUCCACCAGCAUGGCCGAUUAUCGGUAACACCCGUGGUCUGCAGAAGGGAGCCAUGCAUCUGGUGAUGACCGACUGGGCCAGACAGUACGGGAGGAUCAUGAGCGUCUGGAUGGGUCCACGGCUUGCGGUGGUUCUGAACGACAUCGAAGCCGUCAAAGAAGCACUCACCAAACAGGCUGAUUCGUUCUCGAAGAGAUAUGUCACACCGAGGGCCAGGAUCUCUUUGUCGGUUAAAGGUAGCUUCAUCCUAUCAAACGGCGAAGUCUGGAAGGAGCGGCGACGCUUUGGGCUGAGCGCCAUGCGAACUCUGGGCAUGGGCAAGAGAAGCGUGGAGCACAAAAUCACAGAAGAGGCUCGCCAUCUCCUCGAGUGUUUUGACGGCGAAGGGGAGAAGCCUUUCGACCCCGAGCACGCCAUCCUGAACGCGGUCUCCAACAUUAUCUGCAUGAUCAGCUUCGGCUACCGCUUUGAGUACUCAGACCCUAAGUUUGCCCGUCUCAUCAAACUCGUCAAGCUCAACUUGUCCGGCUCGUCUUUCGCCAUGCUUGGCAAUCUCUUCCCCUUCCUGUUCUACACCCCACUGUACAGAGAAAACCGAGAUCGAUUACAGGCGAUCGCUGUUUUCAUCAAGGAGGUUGUGAAGGAGCAUAAAGAAUCGUUCGAUCCCAAUGACAUCCGUGAUAUCAUCGACAUGUGUCUUCUCGAAAUCCAACAAGUGGAAAAGACCGGGGAAGCAGGUGAUAAGACCGGGGGAGAAGGUGAUUGUGAGCCUGUCCUGAGCCAAGAGACUAUUUGGAGGGGAAUCUAUGACCUAUUCCUUGCCGGCACAGAUACCACCACUAACACCCUCAUGUGGCUACUGAUCUACAUGGCUGUACAUCCUGAUGUGCAGAAAGCGGUACAAAAGGAAAUAGAUGACGUCAUCGGCUCAGACCGGCAGCCCACAUUUGAAGACCGGAAUCAGAUGCCGUACACGAAUGCCGUAUUGCUGGAAACCUUACGCGUGCGUCCAGUAGCACCAAACGCACUGCCCCACGAGACGGUCAACGAGACCAGGUUACUGGGAUUCACUCUUCCGGCAAAAACAAUUGUUUACGUCAACAUCUGGGCCAUUCACCAAGAUCCAACAUGCUGGAAAGACCCCGAGAAGUUCAACCCCUCCAGAUUCCUGUCUCAAGGCGGCAAGACGGUAGAGAGACCGGAGGCUCUCAUACCCUUUGGUCUUGGUCGGCGUAUUUGCAUGGGAGAGACCCUGGCUAAGAUGGAGAUGUUCCUCUUCUUUGUCAACCUCCUCCAGCGAUUCACCUUCUCCUUGCCUACCGGCAAACCACGCCCCUCUCUGGACGGAGUUGCAGGCAUCACUCUUAGCCCCCACCCCUAUGAAGUGAUAGCUACGAAACGAUGAUACAAGUUACAUGGUUCUGGAUCCGGGGAAAAAAACGACGCUUCGCAUCAAUUCUCUGCGCCGAACCCUUUCAUACAAUGGUCAAUUUGGACGUUGGACGUGUGUGUUAUGUUAAAGGGAAAAUACAACAUUUGCAAACAUCAAAAAAAGAAAUGAUCAAAUUAUCACGAAAUAUCUCACUUGA